UGGGGAGGGAGGAGGGGCUACGGGCUCGCCUCCCUCCCGCAGCCCAGCCACACCUGCUCUGGAAAGCCCUGUAGCUCCUGGGCGGGGAUUGCCAGUCACCGAUGCUGGAAGAGUUUCUUUGGCUCUGAGUGAAGAGAGACCCAGAGGGAACGCUGAGGUGCCUGCGCAACCACUCUGUCCCGGUUUCCUUCAGCAGGACCAGAUGAGAGAAGCCAUGCUGCUCGUUCGGAUGUCUUUCUCCUUUCCUAUGGCCCACUUCAUCCUCUUUGUCUUUACGGUGUCCACUAUAUUUCACGUUCAGCAGCGGCUAGCGAAGAUUCAAGCCAUGUGGGAGUUACCAGUGCAGAUCCCAGUGCUAGCCUCAACAUCAAAGGCACUGGGACCCAGCCAGCUCAGGGGGAUGUGGACGAUCAAUGCGAUAGGCCGCUUGGGGAACCAGAUGGGUGAGUACGCCACGCUGUACGCCCUGGCCAAGAUGAACGGGCGGCCCGCCUUCAUCCCGGCCCAGAUGCACAACACCCUGGCCCCCAUCUUCAGAAUCACCCUGCCGGUACUGCACAGCACCAUGGCCAGCAGGAUCCCUUGGCAAAACUACCACCUGAACGACUGGAUGGAGGAGGAGUACCGCCACAUCCCAGGGGAGUACGUCCGCCUCACGGGCUACCCCUGCUCCUGGACCUUCUACCACCACCUCCGCCACGAGAUCCUCCAGGAGUUCACCCUGCACGACCACGUGCGGGAGGAGGCCCAGAAGUUCCUGCGGGGCCUGCAGGUGAACGGGAGCCGGCCGGGCACCUUUGUAGGGGUCCAUGUUCGCCGAGGGGACUAUGUCCAUGUCAUGCCAAAAGUGUGGAAGGGGGUGGUGGCCGACCGGCGAUACCUACAGCAGGCCCUGGACUGGUUCCGAGCUCGCUACAGCUCCCCCAUCUUCGUGGUCACCAGUAAUGGCAUGGCCUGGUGUCGGGAGAACAUUGACGCCUCCCACGGUGAUGUGGUGUUUGCUGGCAAUGGCAUUGAGGGCUCACCUGCCAAAGAUUUUGCUCUCCUCACACAGUGUAACCACACCAUCAUGACCAUCGGGACGUUCGGGAUCUGGGCCGCCUACCUCACGGGUGGAGACACCAUCUACCUGGCCAAUUACACCCUCCCCGACUCCCCUUUCCUCAAAAUCUUUAAGCCAGAGGCAGCCUUCCUGCCAGAGUGGACGGGGAUUGCCGCAGACCUGUCCCCCUUACUCAAGCACUAAUGCUGGCUGGUCCU